AUGAUUUCAGACAAGACUAUUUGUGGAGCUGCAAUGGCGAUUUGGUCGAACGUUCCGGAAAUGCUCAUCUGGUCGCAAGCAGUAAUGGAACGGUUGGAAGAAGAAGAGACGGAGAAGAGCACCAUUGAGGCCAUCCAAGGAUUGAGUCUCAACACAGAUCAACACGAAGCAGUACACCACGACGACCAUACGGACGCGCAAAGCACAUCGACAAACCCGCUAAGGCGAAUCAGCCAAAUCACGUCCCGCAAGAUACCCGUUACGGACGAUACCGUCAACGAGAACUCGUAUGCAUUUGGAUGGGCAAGACACAUGAUUCCCUCGACACAACUUGGGUGGUUGUCUACCAACGGCCCACAGAGAGACGAUGUCAUCGGGCGAGGAUCGCGGCCGCAGCUGACACUAUACCACGGAGGCCAGGUGACCGGAUAUCUCAACUCCAUCUAUCUCUUUCCGGAGACCAAAUCCGCUGUGGUCGUCCUGACCAACGCGCAGAGUGCUGGAGACUGCUCUGAUCUCGUUGCUCAGAUGUUCGUUCAAUCACUCUUCGAUAUGACCCCGGAAGUGGAUUUCGGUAUGAGGGCGGAGAAGCUAUCUACCCGUAGUCUGAACCGAUAUACCGAGAUGAAAAACGAUCUGCAGAAGAACCGCAUGUUAAAUACGCCAUGUCCCCAUCUCGAAAGCCUUGAGGGGACGUACCGGAACAAUGACAUACAGGGGAUUAUUGAUGUAUGCAAGCUUUUUACCUGGAUCGAGCGACGAGAUGGAGACAAGAUGCCUGGUGGAUUACUCGAGCUACGAGCAAUUUCUCCUGGUAUUCAUACGCAAUGA